AUGUCGACCGUAAAGAAGCUUCCCGUCGGUGCUGACUUUAUUCUCACCCACCACUCAGCAUCUUAUGAAUACAUUUCGCCUCUUAAAUUGGACUUGACCGGCAAGCACGUCCUCAUCACGGGCACAGCACAUGAGGAUGGCGUGGGAUUCGCUACUGCUACGGCCUUUGCACGUGCUGGAGCGUCAUCCAUAGCAUGUUGCGAUCUCCAAGGCAUAUCUGAUGACGUCAUCACGAAAUUGAAAUUAGCCGCAACGGAAGCUAAUCGCGACGAGCCUCUGGUGCUGGGCUACAAAGUUGACAUUGCAAGCCAAGAGAGUGUCAAAGCAAUGUACGACUCGCUGGUCGAGGAAUUCAACGGAAGAUUAGACAUUCUUAUCAAUAAUGCAGCACAUAUGGAACCAUACAAGCCGUUCCUCGAGUCUGAUCCAGAUGUUUAUUGGAGGACAUGGCAAGUCAACAUCCAAGGCCUCUUCAACAUGGCCCGAACAUUCCUCCCAGUACAGUUAUCGAGCCACUCAAAGUCUAGUGGCUCUUGCAUUAUGAUUAACGUAUCGUCGUCAGGAUCUCUGAGCGUUCGUCCCGGUAGUGGGAGUUAUCGAAGCUCCAAACUUGCAGUGCUACGAUGGACAGAGUCGCUGCAAGUCGAGUACAGGGACCAAGGACUCUUGGCUUUCUGUGUGAACCCCGGAGCGAUUAAAACAAAGAUCACGGAAGGAGCACCGGAAGCUGUCAGGAAUGCACUUCCUCAUCGACCAGAUAUAGCUGGUGAUACUAUUGCUUGGCUGGCUUCUGAACGCAGGGAGUGGCUUGGCGGGCGAUAUAUAAGCUGUCCAUGGGACAUGGAGGAGCUUGUUACCAAGAAAGAUGACAUUGUGAAAGAGGAUAAGCUGAAGUUGAAGCUCGUAGUCUAG